GUUCCGGGUAGGGGUGCCGUGCUGGGUGUCCACGUCACUCUAGACCCCCCCCCACCCCCCACCCCGUGCUCGGACAGGCGGGCUGGAGGGCAGAGUGCCGUGCGCACCCAGCCGAGGAGGGAGCCCCCAGCGCAGCGCCCGCCAAGCCGCCAGCGCCUCCGGGGAGAGGCCUCCCCACACGUGCGCGCGCCAUGGCCGCCUCAUUUAGCAGCCAGGAGCUCGGCCAGAUCCCGAGCCAGGAAAAAUUAAACCUCUUGUUAGUUGGAGAUGCCACAAAAUGCUUCCUGGCUGGUGCUGUACAGAAUUUUUUCGCAAAUACAGCACAGGUCACCAUUACCAUUAGUGACGUGAAGAAGGUAGCUGCACUUUUGGCUCACAACUUCUUUGACAUGAUUUUCCUGAAGGUGACUUCCACUCUAAGUAAGGAAGAGCUGGAGGCUAUCGAGUCAAUUAGAUUUUUCAAGAAGAAAAAUAGACAUUUGCUGUUUGUUUUUAUAAUACCUGAAAAAUUGAAAGGUUGUGUUUCAGAAUAUGAAGCUGAUGUUAGUUUCACUGAACCAUUGACUAUGGAGAAAAUGAAUAUUGUGGUAAAGUACUGGAAAAUAUACUUCAUGAAUGCUGGGAAAAAUGAAAGCACUGGGAGGCCUGCAGAACGUGAAUUGUUCCUACAGAGCUCCAGUGAGGAACUCCUGAGGUGCUUGUCUACUGAUCUAUUUGCUUGCUCAGAGUCUCCAAAAAAUGAUGUUGGACUUGAAUUAAAGGCUCCAUUUGCAGAUUCUGAAAAAAGCAAAAAGGUAUCUGGGCAUCAUUCAAGCAAAGAAAAGCUAAGAAGAGAAAGAAUCAAGUGUUGCUGUGAGCAGCUGCGUUCUCUCUUGCCAUAUACAAAGGGGAGGAAGAGUGAUAUGGCGUCAGUCCUCGAGGCAACAGUUGAUUAUGUGAAGUAUGUCCGGGGGAAAAUCACUCCAGCUGUUUUGGGCCAGGUUGUAUAUAUACUUGAGACCAAUAAGAAGUUUUCUAAGAGACAAGUUUCCUUCGAGCUGUGCUUCCCAGGUACAGCUGUGGCACAAAGGGAAGAUGGUGUGUUGACAGGUAAUUACUCACCUGUGACAGGGAUCCAGGUCUUGACUAAUCAGUGCUUGAAUGUGUAUUCUGCGCCUGCUGCAGGAGGGACCUUGGAGGAAGCUGUAACAGGUCAGUCAAGCUCCAUUUCAGAGAGUCCUAAUGAUGAUCUUUAUAAGACUCAAAUUCCCAGCACAGCCCUCUCUCUUAAUUCCUUCCAUGCUGUCAGAUACUGUUCUGGAGUUGUCCCUUCCUAUGAUGCAGCUUCCAUAGAAAAUCAAAACAUUUCUUUUCAUUUACCAUCAUCUGUGCCCAAAGUCUCACAGUUUCUUCCCCAGCACUUCAAUUCCAUGCUUUGCCAGACAUGCACAACAAAUCCCAACUGUCUGUAUACUCCAGGCCAGCUGGCGCACAAGCAUGCAGCCGAUUCUCAGGCUUCCACUUCCAGCUUUUUACAUGGGUUCCAGGAGUCGGACUCAGGCCAUCAGGCAGCGAGGCAAGCACUUUUACCCGCUGAGCCAUCUCCCCGGCCUCAAGAAAAAAAUUACUUUUAAGAACAACAAAUGUUUGAAAAAAUGUAGGUUUAGUCACUUGAAGAUUUCAUAUGGUUUUAUAAACUAUGUCAUGAUACAGAAAAUACAGUUGUGACAUUAUGAAUAAGAAAAAGUCAGCAUUCAAUUAGUGUGUAUUUUUCCCUCCUUUGCAGCAACAUUUGUGCAUAUUAACAGCACAUGUUUGAAAUUCAUACUCUUGCCCACCUGCUGGGUGCAGUUGCACAAUACAGGAAGAGUGGAACAAAGAAAGCUUGUGAAAGGCACAGCUCAAAAGAAUCUGAUGAAUGCACUGAACCCUUGUGCAGAUAGGUGGGAAAGACAGGCAGCAGCAAUCUAACCCUGUGCUUCCAGUCUCUUCUACAUGCCUAGAGAUGCAAGCCAGAGCUCUACAAGCACCAGUGGCCUAGGCGACCCACACACACUUGUAUUACACACACACACACACACACACACACGCACAUCUUCCACUUUACGAAAAAUUGAACUACAAAGAAGACCUAGGUGGGCUUAAACGGAUAAGACCAGGAAGGUGCAUCCAUCUCCCAUGCUGCUGAGCAAAGAUUCUGUAGCCUGAUUCAUAUUGUUUGUAUCCCUGUACAUUCCCAUCACUUAUUUCUGGGUGAUAUCCUUUCCAAAUUUGACAUUUUAAAGAGCUUCCUUCUUUAUUUAUCACCCAAACUAGAAUGUCUAGAGAGGCCUAGAGGUGUUUGCAUCUUCAUGUGGUGCUUAGCGAAUAAACUGAUAUGCUUGCUGUGCGUUCACCAUCUUUUGAGUGAAAUGGCAGCCAGCCAUUGUCUUGCUGGGUCUUUAGUUCCAGACUAGCAGAUCUUUGCUUUCUUUGUUUUCCAUCUCUUCCUCGGGGGCUUUACAAAAAAACUGUUGGAAAGGAGAGAAAAUGUUUGUUUUUAUAUUUCACUGAAAUGUUCUUAGGCAUAAGUUUUAUUGUUAAAAUACAUAAGUUUACCCCGAAAAUCCAUUGUUUUGUUUAAUAAAUGUGUUUUCUCUUUUAGUAGUGGUAUGAAGAGAAGCUUAAUAAUUGCUUUGGUGUAUUUCUCAUGUUCUGAGUUCUUUGGGGAUGCCAAACUGAUAGAUUCUGUGGAUGUUUGACACACUGUGUUGAGGAACUAGAAAUUUCCAACUGUGGUUUUAUGCAUAUCACACAUGGGUGCUGAUUCUUCAUAAACUCAGUUGCAAUUGCUGUGGCAUUGGAAGAGAGCCUGCUGAGGUAUCUCAAGCUCCAGCCUCUGUCCUCAGCUCAGCUGUCCUCCCUUGCUGCUGCUGGAACUGUUGCUUGAUGAGGGUUUCUCCAGAUCCACUCAUGGCUCCUGACAGACAUUGUACUCAAGGAUUCCUAGACAAAAAGAACUAGAAAAUGUGAUCCCAAGAGCCAUUUGUCCACUUGCUGGUCUCUCAG